AUGAACAGAGACGCAAAUGAGAUGAAAAGUUGGAACAAUGUGGCACCAAAAAAUGAGGGAAUGGGAAGGAUGUCAUAUGAAGCUCAAGACAGAAUGGGCAAGCAAGCAGGAAUGGACUCUUUGGUUCAAGGAGAGCGUCCUGUUGUUACACUUGGGAAACAGUCUUCUUUCAAUAUAUCUGACCCAUACGGUGACAACUUGGUUGGAGAAGAUAGAAGAAAGGAUAGGUUGUUGGUAGUGCCAUCACAUGGGCAAGAAUCAGUAUUGCUAAGAAGGCCUCACUCUUCCCAUUCUUCGUCUUCCCAUGAAGGAUUGCCUGACAGGACACCUGAAGGAGGUGGGAGACGAGAAACAGGAGCAGUAGCGGGAAACAAAGGGUCAACGACGGAGGCGUCCUUCAGUGAGAUGUUGAAGAAGACUAGUAGUAGCAGUAGCAUUAGCAUGAAGAAGGUGGCGGCAGAGGCAUCGUCUGAUGCAACAAGCGAAGGAAACAAAGGAGGCGGGAAGAAGAAAGGGAAGAAAGGGAGGCAGCUGGAUCCAGCUCUUCUCGGUUUCAAAGUCGCUAGCAAUCGCAUUCUCAUGGGUGAGAUCCACCGCGCUGAUGACUUUUAA